UAGCAUAUUUGACAGUUGACAUUAUUGUGAUAUUUUAGCGUCGGUUUAUUUCACCAAUUUUACACUAUUUAUUCAUAAAAUUCUACAAACUUUACUAAAGUAAUGUACAAUUUAGUUUUGUCAUAACCCCAACUGUAGCUUGUAAGUCGCAAACCGUUUCUUUAUUACGUGCAAAAUGAUGGGCUACGGCCCCAAAAAGGACGGAGGUCCUAACGUGAAAUAUUUCGAGUCGCCGGAAACCCUCGCAGCUCUCGAGCUUGUGAGGCAGUGGCUUCAGAAAAAUGGCAAAAAGUAUCUUCAAGCCGAACCUGUCACUAAUAAGAGUCUCUCCAUGUUGGUUUUGCAAUUGAUGCAAUUCCAGGAGGAUUUUUUGGGCAAAAACGUGCAAAAACCGCCCAUGAUUAGAAUCCCAGUGAGACAUUUUCUGGAUUUUAAGCCCGGGGGCUCCUUGUGCCACAUGCUUUUGGCAGCGUACAAGUUUAAGAGCGAACAUAAUUGGCGUCGAUUUGAAAUACCAACAGGAAAAAGCACUGGCAAGUUGGAGCGCGUUUUCGAGAUGUUGAAAUGCAUGGAAAAAGUUUUAGUCCAGAACAGGUUUUAUACAGUUCCCUCUGUUUACAUCCGGCCCGAAAUCGACAAGAAUCUCGCAGCGAAAUUACGCGAAAUUGUGUGUCGCAAAAUGGCUCAAGUUGCCGAAACUGAAGAAAUGGCCACUCACAUUUGCUACCCCCCUGUGGACCCAGUGGAGGAAGAAUACGGACGUCCUGUCUUCAAACGCGAUAAGAUGGUCAUGAUGCAUUGGUACUACUUCCCGAAUUCGUACGACGGCUGGAUUAGUUUAGAUAUUUCUGGUGAAGGUUUAAGUAACGACGUCCCAAGUCCUAGAACGGAAGCAUGGCGAGUAUCCUGUUCUUGGUUGCUGGAAACCGAUCAUUAUAACGAAUGGAUGGCAGAAGAAGACUAUGAAGUAAACGAGUUGGGCCAGAAGAAGAUUCACCCAUUGCGAAUGUCGGUCGAGGAUGUUAUGAACCCCUCAAAUGAUGACAGGUCAAAGAAGAAACAGAAGAGGAAACGAUCACCUUCACCACCAUCUAAAGGCGGGAAGCGUAAAAGUGGCCGAAGUCCGGCUAUUGGGAAGAAACAAAGACCUGAAGACAUGGAAACUGAAGACUUGACGAAAGAUAUGGAAGAGCCGACGCCCGAACCGAACAUAGUCGAAGUUAACUCGUCAAUGGCCAAUCAGAACAGUAAAAAAGACCAUGAAUUGCAACCUUUGAAAGGCGGCUCAGUCACCGAUCUUGAAGAAAAUGAAGAAAGAGGUGAAGAUUCGCAAACUGGCAAAAAUAGCGAUAGCAAUACUCAAGAUGAUGGACAAGAAGAUAACGUUACAGAACAAACCCAUCAUAUUAUAAUACCGUCAUAUUCGGCUUGGUUUGACUAUAAUGCGAUUCACGAAGUCGAGAAAAGAGCCCUCGCGGAGUUUUUCAAUGGUCGAAAUAAGUCGAAAACGCCGGAAAUUUAUCUCGCUUACCGGAAUUUCAUGAUUGAUACGUACAGAUUAAACCCGACUGAAUACAUAACUAGUACAGCUUGUCGUCGAAAUCUGGCAGGUGAUGUUUGUGCCAUUAUGCGAGUCCACGCUUUCCUUGAACAAUGGGGUUUGAUUAAUUAUCAAGUCGACACUGAUUCAAGACCCACACCCAUGGGUCCACCACCAACUUCCCAUUUCCAUAUUUUGUCAGACACUCCGUCGGGCCUUCAACCUGUGAAUCCCCCAAAAACACAACAACCGAGUGCGGCAAAAACCCUACUGGACUUAGAUCGGUCACAAGAUAUCAAAAAAGGAGACGGUAGCGAACAAAUGAAUAAUUUCGGUUUAAAACUGGAUCAAUAUGCGAAAAAACCGGCAGCAUUGAGAAACAAAAGUGCAGCAUCUUUGACUCGAGACUGGACCGAACAAGAAACACUUCUUUUAUUAGAAGGCUUAGAGAUGUAUAAAGAUGAUUGGAAUAAAGUUUGCGAGCACGUCGGCUCGAGGACUCAAGACGAGUGCAUAUUGCACUUUUUGCGUUUGCCUAUAGAAGACCCAUAUUUGGAAGAUCCGGACGCUGGGGGCGCUUUGGGGCCUUUGGCUUAUCAGCCAAUACCAUUCAGCAAAGCUGGAAAUCCUAUUAUGUCAACUGUUGCAUUUCUAGCCUCGAUUGUUGACCCUCGAGUCGCUGCGGCUGCAGCGAAAUCAGCAAUGAUCGAAUUUGCCAAUAUUAAAGAUGAAGUCCCUGCGGCCGUAAUGGACGCUCAUUUGAAAAAUGUCGAGGCGAGUUCAACCGAAGGCAAAUAUGAUCCUGCUGCGAAUCUAGCUUUGACUGGAAUCGCAGGAACCGCACCCGAGAAAGAAGAAGAAGAAAAAAUAAAGAAAGAACCAGAGAAUAAAGAAGAAGAGAAAACCCAAGAAGAAAAGAAACCUGAACCUGAAAAAGAAGAGAAAGAAGAUAAACCUGUUAAAAGUGAAACACCGAGCGAACCUGUCAAAACAGAAAAGCCUGAAGAACCGGAAAGAAAACCUGAAAGGACUGUUAAAGACAGCGAAAUGCAGAGUGCGGCGGCAGCGGCAUUGGCCGCUGCCGCAGUUAAAGCUAAACAUUUGGCGGCCGUAGAAGAACGCAAGAUUAAGUCUCUAGUUGCGUUGUUGGUUGAAACGCAAAUGAAGAAAUUAGAAAUAAAAUUGAGACACUUUGAGGAGUUGGAAACGACAAUGGAACGCGAAAGAGAGGGUUUGGAGUAUCAGAGACAGCAAUUGAUUACGGAAAGACAACAAUUUCAUUUAGAACAAUUGAAAGCUGCAGAGUUUAGGGCGCGACAGCAGGCUCAUCAGAGAUUGCAGGCGGAUCAAGGUCAGUGGGCGAUGCAACAACCACAAAUGACGCAUUCGGCACCGCCCAGUGAAGGAGCACCGACUAAUACGCCUACACCCCCAAGUCCACAAGCAGCAGCGGUGGCAUCACCAGCAGCGCCGCAUCAUUUAGGAUAGAUAGGAUAAGUAGUGGUAGGUCAUAAUGAAGGUAUUAAAUGAAAAUCGUAAUUUUAUGAUUUAUUUUCUUUAUAUUGGGUUUUUAUUUUUAUUACAUGUAGAUCAGAAAUCAGAGGUUCUUGUAUUAAACAUGUAUAAAACAUGGGUGUUUUUUUAAUCGCACACAAUAAAGCUAACAUUUGUUUGGAA